UCAACUCAGGAGGCCAAAAUGAUUCUCAAUUCUACUACGGAAGAUGGCAUCAAAAGAAUCCAGGAUGACUGUCCCAAAGCAGGGAGGCACAAUUACAUAUUCAUCAUGAUUCCUACUCUGUACAGCAUCAUCUUUGUGGUGGGAAUAUUUGGGAACAGCUUGGUGGUGAUUGUCAUCUACUUUUACAUGAAACUCAAGACUGUGGCCAGCGUUUUUCUUCUGAAUUUAGCACUAGCUGACCUGUGCUUUUUACUGACUUUGCCCCUGUGGGCUGUCUACACUGCAAUGGAAUACCGUUGGCCCUUCGGCAAUUACCUGUGCAAGAUCGCCUCGGCCAGUGUCAGUUUCAACCUCUAUGCCAGUGUGUUUCUCCUCACGUGUCUCAGCAUCGAUCGCUACCUGGCUAUCGUCCACCCGAUGAAGUCUCGCCUUCGCCGCACAAUGCUUGUGGCCAAGGUCACUUGUAUCAUCAUCUGGCUGCUGGCUGGCUUGGCCAGUUUGCCAGCUGUCAUCCACCGAAACGUAUUCUUCAUCGAAAACACCAAUAUCACGGUGUGUGCAUUUCAUUACGAGUCUCAAAAUUCAACCCUCCCCAUAGGAUUGGGCCUGACCAAAAAUAUUCUGGGUUUUUUGUUUCCUUUUCUGAUCAUUCUUACAAGUUACACUCUUAUCUGGAAGGCCCUAAAGAAGGCUUAUGAAAUUCAGAAGAACAAACCAAGAAAUGAUGAUAUUUUUAAGAUCAUUAUGGCCAUUGUGCUUUUUUUUUUCUUCUCCUGGGUUCCCCAUCAAAUAUUCACUUUCCUGGAUGUGCUGAUUCAGCUGGGUGUCAUCCAUGACUGCAAAAUUGCGGAUAUUGUAGACACCGCCAUGCCCAUCACCAUUUGCAUUGCCUAUUUUAACAAUUGCCUAAAUCCUCUUUUUUAUGGCUUUCUGGGGAAAAAAUUCAAAAAAUAUUUUCUCCAACUUCUUAAAUACAUUCCCCCGAAGGCCAAAUCCCACUCAAACCUGUCAACAAAGAUGAGCACGCUGUCCUACCGCCCCUCAGACAACGUAAGCUCGUCCACCAAGAAGCCCGUGCCCUGCUUUGAAGUUGAGUGACACGUUCAAAACCUGUUGGUGAAGAAAUCUUGUUCAAGAAGGGGCCAAAGAAACAUCCCUGCACAUUCCUUCACUGCCAAAGGAACAUUAGCUACUUUUCAGGAUUUACGGAGAAAUGGGGGUCCAGUGGACUGGACUGGCUUGUCUAAAGCUCUGAACAAAAGCUUUCCUUUUCCUUUGCAACAAAGCAAAGCCAAGCCACAUUUUUUUUUUUUUUUUUGGCAUGAAAGGGAUGACGGCUGCUCAAAGAAUGAUGUCGGAAACGGGAUGACUUGCGCAUUUGAGACAUUCUAGAGCCGGAAACGCAGUCUCCCCAGUCUGCUCUUGUUCUAUUAGUUUCCGUUGCUGCACCAAGGUAUCCAGUGUCUGAAAUCUGUGGAGAAGCAACAGCGCAGUGUCCAGCACAGUUCUGCCCAGUGUCCGAGGAGUGGCAAAUUUUUUUUGUGCCUGUUUAGCUGUUAGCAAUUGUGCCCUACCUGAACCUGCUACUUCACAUUUUGUAUAAAGAUUUGUUCAGCAGGAGUUGUCAAGUUUCAGAAUCUUUUGUGAAAGUCAACCAGAAUCUUAAAGAUUUAUACUGCCAAAAUCACGGUGGCAAAAUGGCUUACUUGUGUAAUGGUGUUACUAAAAUUCUGUGUCAGAGUUAAAUACUUGUAAAGGUGUCAUUUUAUUUCCAGGUAAUCAUUUCGCUGUUCGUAUUACUUUUGUUUCAUAUUUGAAAAGUGUGUAUAGUUUUGAGUAAAAGAUUGUAUAUCAUAAAGUAUUCCUUGCUGUUUCAACAAAGAAUAUGUAGUAUAUAUAAAUAUAUGCACACAUAUGUCUAUAUGUAUAUCAAUAUUGCUAAAGCGAUGUUACUUGAAUCAAAUCUGGCAAAGAUAUAUUUACCUUAAAUAAAAUAACUUUAUUAUAAUGCAUUUCAUCGUCAUCACUUCAAAUACAUGUUGACUUACUUUUUAA